CAAAAUCAUGAUUAAUCCUUUGAAAAAAAUAGGUAAUUUUCACAAAUGUAGUCUUCUUGACUGUAAAAUUAUAAUACCAUGUGCCACUUUUGUGCAAGGUCUUUUCUCUCUUUUUUUUAACAGACAACAAAUGGCUUCAAUUACAAUUAUUGACCAUAAUGGGAAUAAAUAUACUUAUUUUUAUUUGGGGGAAAAACUUUUCAAAGUGGAUUAACUUUAAUACAUAUUACAAGUGUUUUUGUGACAAUAGGUUGCAGUUUUCACUCAAAAGCCUUUUGUAUGCACGUACAUUUCUGUAACGUUAAUAUACACAUUAACACACAUACACGGAACAUGAUAAAAUGCGUGAAAGAGUUCCUCACAGCCUCCUCCCACGUUUCAUCAAAAAUCAUCCUAAUCGCCUCAUUCUGUUAUCGAUAUGGUUUUGUAGGUUUCUUUUUAUUUCAUGCGAUCAGAAACGUGCCGCGCUCCGUUUAUGUUCAAAUCUUUCCCACUUUCCUCCGAAAGCGGCUGUCAUUUGCAGAUGGACAGCGUGAAAUUACUUUAAUACAGCUGUAUAUUUCCGACAAGCACAUGUGUACAAUCGGGACAAUUUCAAUGAUUUUGAUAGUGCAAACGGUUGAAGAAAAUACACUUUGUUUGUAUGUGUGUGCGACCACACACAUUCAGUUUCAUAAAUUUGCUUGAUCUGUUCUUGCUCUAAUGUGAUUGGCCAUGCAAGGAGUUCUGCCUAGCAACAAGACAACUAAUGCACUGAUUGGUGGAUCACAAAAUUGGUCCUGACCUUUUGGCCUGGCCUUCAGUUGCUGGCUGCUGACACCAAAUUUCAAGACUGAAGUUUUUCUUCGUGUGCUAUGUUCGGUGACAUGAGAUAAGGAGAUGUGGAAAUGAUUCCUUGAGGGUUUUACUGCGGAGAGAUUCUGCCGUUUUUGCAUGGGAACAAGAACUGAGGUUCAGCACACAGAGUCUUUUGGUUGCAGUGAAGCCCUUAAAGUCCCAAGUGUUAUCAUCAAGCUUCAUAUGAUGUCUUCUCAAGAGAAAACUCUCCUAAGAGUUAUACUGACAGAAGGGGACAUAAGGAAGGUCUCCCUAGCCAAGAAGCCGGAUUCAGUUGACAACUUGGUUGUUGCUUUAAAAGAGAGUUUGGGGCUUAAUUACAACUUUUCGCUUCAGUAUGAAGAUCAGGACUUUGGGAAUGCACUUUGCAACCUAACGGACAUAUCAGAGCUUCAAGAUAGAGCUACACUGAAAAUCAUUCCUAUAAUUGAACUAGAAGCACUGAAUCAAGAGGAAGUACUGGAUGACUCUGCAAGCACAGCCGACACAGAGAUACUUUCUACCUCAUCACAGGAAAGGAAAACACAGUGGCCAAAAGAAUUUGAGAUCCCUUCCUUCACAGUUGAUGUUGAAUACCGCCUGCGACAGGGCAACCUGACCUACCUCAAGGACUGCACGUACCUCAAACUGACCAAAGAACUAAAGCAUGACAUCCUGGAAAAGCUGGCUGAAACCAUGUUCAGUUUCAAAGCCUAUCCAACAAAUGAUGACUAUGCACAGGUUGCUGCUGCUCUGGUAAAUAAGCAUCCAUGUCUUCUGGAAAGUGGUUCAUCUACUGGCUGGGGGGGGUGGAAGAAUAGUCUAAAAUUCAAAAUGGGGAAUUUUAGAUCCAAGAUGAGAAACUUGGGAUACCCUGAUGUAACCAUUAAUGGAGGAAGGAGAGGCAUGAACAACCCUGAAGGAAUCCCGUCAAGAAAACGCAUAAAGAAGCCAAAGAAAUGUGAAAUCAACUUUCUGCCAAACUUUCCAGAAGGACAUAAUAAUGACAGCCUUGAAUUGGUUCGUAAAGAAAUUCAAUAUGAAAUGAAGAUGAGAACACCCAGUCCAUCCCUUCUGGCACAACAGAUGGACUUGACUUUUGCGCUUAGACGUAAAGAGAUUGUUGAGUCCGCACCUGCAAUCAGUGAUGUGCUUGAACGCUGGCCUGCCCUCUUUCGUGAGUCUCAGGUUUGCAUGGAGUUCAAUAGAAUUACGGGCAAAAAUCUAAAGCAGGAAUUCUACGAAAACCUGGACAGACACAGUUCACGGUUCAUGGACCUUUUCAAAACCAAAAGGGGGACUCCUGGUCAGCACUUGUUGAACUUUUUACAGCAAAUAAAAUCAGACCAGCCAACUGAGGUCCGAACCCUUGUUCUUCGAGGACUGCCUAUCAUGCUCGGAGAUGAAGACUCUUCUUUCUUCAAGUCAUCUUUAGUGUCUGAUCAUCGUAACACUAUCCUUGAUGUGCCAGUGGGGAUCUUAUUCGAGGACACGGAUCUUCAGCCCCCAAACUCCUUGCAUUUGACUUCUUCGAUUGGAAUAAUUCUUGAAGGCCAAGUGGUGAUGGACAAAAUGCAGGACCUCCCACAGGCAAUCUGUAUUCUCUUCGGUCUGAUUUACGCACUAGACCUGAAUUACCCAAAAUCACUCGCCAACACGUUUGAUUUCAUCCAGCGUGUACUAAUGUCAAUGGGACAAAAUGCUCUCAAGCCUAGAGUGCAGUCUCUGGCAAACCAACUAUUUGCUUAAGAAACGUCACUGUGAUACUUAAACACCAUCCUUUGUAUUGGGUUUUUUCCCCCACGAUUUACUCCAUUAUCCAUUUAUAAAGAAUAAAAAGUGUUUAAAUUGUUAAAUGCACAGAGUUCUUCAAUUGAUGUGCAGUUGUUAAUUUGAGAUAUUGUUGCCAUUGUUACACCUCUGUAAUGUGGUUGUGACCCAGUAAUAUUUCCAUUACAGUAUAGUUUGUACUGUAAUAUUGUGACAUUUGGACCAAAGACACUGAACAUGUUCAUUAUGUUUUAUUUUAGUUUGCCGUGUUUGCACAAAGCUUAAAUGGUGAAAUGCAGUAAGAAUGUAGUUCUUAUUAUGUUUAGCCUACAUGUUCAGUACAUUUAACAAUUGUGACGCGUAAAAAGAGUAAUUAUGAAGCGCACAGAGUUGUACAAAUGAUGUAAGUGCACUUGUUAAUCGACAUUUUUUUGUAGUUGCCACCGUUACAGUGUGGUUGUGAACCAGUAAUAUUUCCACUACAGUAUAGUUUGUACUGUAAAACUGUGAAAUUCUGGUUAAAGACUAUCUGUUGAGUAUGUUUUAUUUUAGUUUGCUAUGUUUGCACAAAGCUUAAACAGUCAAAUGUAAUAGUUAUGUUUACAUUAACAUAAUUGUGAUACUUGAGUGAAGUAUAUAUGUGCAAUAUGUGCAAAAAUAACAUAAUUCAGUUUCAGUUACAUUUCCAUGUUGAGUUAACUUAAAUAUAUAAGUACACGUGAAAUUAAUACCAAGUUAAGUGAACAUAAUUGUUUAAGUACAUUAAAUAAGUGCCAAGUUUGGUGAACUGAACAAUUUAAGUAUAGUCUACAAAACCGCCAAGUUAAAUAAACUAAAAUAUGCAAGUUUUGGGAGGCUCCAUUACUCAAUUAAAUUGAGGCAACGAGUUUACUCAAUUAAUUUAGUUCAGUCAACUUAUUAGGGUUUUCAGUGUAUAUGUUUUUGAUAAAAGCACAAAGGUUUUUUUUGUUUGUUUGUUUGUUUUCUAGCUUUAUUGCAACUACUAAUAAAAGAGACUAUAAAAUGUGCAGUCAUUAACUAAAAAAAGACAAACCCAAUAUGGUCCGUUUGAGACCAAACUGAAUUUACCAAUUAUAUUAUUGACUACAUUUGUCCAAAUUACAUUUUUUUUUUUUUUAAAUGUAGAAAACAACAUGCAUUAACAAGAUUUUGUGUCAAAAUGGGGUACACACAAAAAAAUAAAAUAAAUAAAUAAAAAUAAAAAUUACUAGUGCAAAAUAUUUUGAUUUGAAUUCAAAAGAUUGUCACAAUUAUGACACUUUAUUUAUUUAUUUAUUUGGAUGCAGCCUUGCAUGCUAUUUAUGUCAUGUUAGAUGAUAGUUUAUGUGACAUAAUAGCUCUCAGUUGAAAGAUGAUAUUUGUGCUUUUAUUGCUAGGUAUUGGAACACCAAUUUGUGUCUUGUUUUUGGAAAAAAGCCAAGUGCUUACCCAACAUCUGUCAGCACUGGAGCACUUCUGGCCUGUUUCACUGAACUCUUAUCUCUAAUGGUGAGGUCAUGGUGUUGUGCUUCUCCGAGCUUAUCUCUGUCUCUCUGCCUUUGCUCAUGAAACUGACCAGCCAGCAAGAGAGACACACACCACUGCACAUACAUCUCCAUUAAAUAUAUCCCACAUGCACAAGGAGCAGUGCUUGAUACAGUGAUUCGCAGCUCUGUUGAAGCCUAGCAGUGUUACACAUGACGCUAGCUCUUCUUUGAACAGAAAUGCUUAUUACAGAUUGCUUUGAAUGGUCAGGAGAACUGGAGCUACAGUUAUCUGAAAAUUACUUUUUUUUUUUUUUUUUGUAUAUAUUAAUCUAAUGCAUUUGAA